AUUAAAACAAAGACAGUUCUACAAAUCAAGCGUGUAAAACAUGCAUAUAUUUCCUGUCGUCUUUGCUGUGCUCGCUGGUAAAUUUGCAUUCAAUUCAAAUCAAUUUCUCUUGCAGGAGACACGCAGAAACAACCUGCUGCAACAUUUUCGAUUCUAUCACGACAUCUUGCAGGACCCCAACCGCAGAGAAAAGAGAUUAUCUUUUGACACAGUUGCCUAUUGAACCUCCUAUAUAACAACUUUACAUUUUCGCGCAAGUUCGUUCGUCAGAGUUCCCUGGGGGCGUAAAUAUUUCUAAAGGUUUCCAGUUGCUUAGAUUCUGCUUCUUCACCCAGUAUUUGGUAUUUUGCGCCGUGUUUAAAGCAGUUUCACCUACGAAAUCUUUGCUGAGGAACGGCAGCAAAAUUUUGAAACGUUUCGUGAAAAUUUUCCAAAUGACAGAGAAGUGCACUCUUGUGUAAAGAAAAAAACGCGCCAGCGGGUUCGUCGAGAGGCGCUUCAAGAACACAAGAAUUUGGAAACUGACUUCAAGCUGAACGAGACGAUACCUUCUGCGGAAAUGGAGAAAAGCACGCUUGUAUCACCUACGACCGUCUCGGGGAACUUUUCAACGACGCUAACCCCUACAAAUGGAACUUUGGUCGACAAGUACGGAGGCGCAGCAAUAGCCUUUGUCACUGGAAGUAAGACUGGAAUGAUCGUAGGAAUCGUGGUUGCCAUCGUUAUAGUCAUAAUAAUAGCACUGUGUAUCCGCCAAGCUAUUAAGGGACUCAAAGAAGCGAAGGAGAGAGCCUUGAUCAAGCUUGGAGCUCUGAUAAAGAAAGAGGAAAGCGUGGAGUUUCCCGAUGCUGCGCUGGAUAUGGAGUUAGCAGCGGUCCAGCCGGCCACGGGGGAUAAAAAGAAACUGGAAAAUCUUGGAAAGAUCAAGUUUUCUCUUGCCUACGACGAAGAACAAUCUGAACUAAGAGUAAAAGUUUACCACUGUCAGAGUCUUCCAAUGAAGUUUGUCGGGGGAACGGUGUACACGUAUGUUGAAAUAGAAAUGUUUCCUUUUCAUCGCAUGACUUCAAGUAAACCGCGAACAAAAUACAUCAGAAAUGAAUUUAGUCCAAUCUUUAACGAUGAAGUUUGCAUCAAAAUACUAAAAGAAGAAGUGGACGAUCAAAAUAUGUAUCUUCACGUCUGUGACUACAAUCAGAUAUCUACCAGGGAUUUGAUUGGCUCUUACAAGAUAAACCUCGAUGACGUCAGCUUCAAGAGCAAAGGCAAGGAGACUGUGUACGAGGGAGAUCUGAGAUGGAUUGAUUCGGUUCGUGGUGCUGAGCGAGGAGAUAUUCUAAUAUCAAUGCGAUACUUUGAGGGAAAUAGUCAGCUUAUUGUCAAAGUUAAGGAAUGCAAAGGAUUACAACCCUCCCCUGGGAAGGUGUCUUGUAAUUCAUAUGUGAAGCUUCACCUCGUUCGUGGUUCAAAAGUCUUUACAACAAAGAAAACAAAAGUGAUCAAGAAAAACCUUGAGCCAAAGUUUGAACAAGAAAUGAUCUUCAUUGUGGAGCAGGAUCUCCUAGACGAAGUCAACCUCGUCAUACACGUCAAAGACAAGCCGCUGAUUGGUCGAAAACGUUUGAUGGGCGAGCUUUGUAUUGGUUGCCAAGGAGUCGGUCAAGCUCUCGCCCAAUGGCAGCUCAUGGUCGAGAAAGAAGUCACAAUGUGGCACCAACUUGAACUGUUGAAUAUAGUACCGGGCAAAACCGAUCUUCAGACAACUAUGGCGACAUUACAGGGGUGGGAAUCAACUUCGGAAGACGAAAGCGAGGAAGAAGAAGGAAUGUUUACCGGGUUAUUGCCUGGCGGCUUGUUUUCUGCUCAGGACAGUAAAGCAACAAAGAAGCCGAAAAAACCAAAAAUAUCCAAGAAACAGUCAAAGCUUUAACCGCUUCAUGGACAAAACUAUGGAGACACUGACGCUCUUAAUAAUUUAAGUAUUGAAAGUACUGACACGCUAUUGUUUGUCCCCCUUUUGAUUUUUAUAAUGCUGACAUUGCCAUUUUGUUACUAACUGCACACUGCUAGGCUACUCACUAUCUACAACAGAAUAGAUAGUGAGUAACGUAGCUAAUGGAAGAACGGCAUUUGUGAUAGAUCUUUAGCACAUUUAUACUAAUUUCGCUAAGUGCACGAUUCCCUGCACAAAAUAUGACGUCGGAGCCAGUGCUCGAUUAGGAUGCAACUUUACCACAUGCAAUAAGCUGAAGAUAUCGAAAGAAAAGUGUAAGACAUGAAAUUUUACAGUCCGGGCUAUGUCGGCCAUAAAAUAUGACUUCAACAUGACUGGAUUUUAGUAAAGAUACAUUGGCUGGGCAUCCGCAAGAUGUAGUUGCUCUUUACGAUAAGUAAUAUAAACAACAAAACAUAAUUAGUUGAACGCGAGACACCAAAAUGAAAGGACCUGCCGUGUGCAAAUUCAACUCAAAAUGAAAAACUUAACUGAAAUGUAGAAAUUACAGGAAUUUAAUGUUUCAAAAUCGUAAAUUAUAUUAUUUAGGUUUGUAAAUAGCUACCACUUUACUUCUUGUAUGUGUGAUAUCCUAAUUUAUUCUUAUUACAUUCACCUUUUUCAUGAAUGUGAAUAUUGCGCAUCGUACUGGCUGAACUCUGUCGAUUUGCUGGGUUAACUACCGAACAACCUCAAAGUUUGCUCAAUUAAACUCGCUAAAACCGAAUAAACGGCCAAAUAAUGAACAGCCAAACGAGCACAAAACGAACGAAGGCCCGGCCGAACAAAAAGACGGCUGAGAGUGCAAAAAACAUCUCUGCUAUGAAAUGAAAUCAAAACGUAUAAAAUGAAGUUCCCGCCAUUUCAUUUAGUUUCGAGAAAGUCGCUUGGGCUGUCCAGGCAUCGCGCGUGUAACAUCCUCGGAAGAACUGGGUACCAUGUU